AUGCACUCUUUCUCUUUCUCUUUCAUUUUUUAUAUGCCAUUCGUUCUUUUCCAUCACUCUGUUUUGCUUCUUUUCUUUCUCUCGCUCUCUCUUCACCACUCUUUAUCUCUAUUUUUCUUUUCUCUUUUUUGUUAUCUCUUACUUUUAUUGUCUCCUGUUCUCCUUUGCUUUUCGCCUUUCACAAACUUUGUUGUUUUCUUCCCUUCUCGACUCUCUGGAUUUUAUACUCUCUUUUUUAUUUUUUACUCUUUUGCUUUUUUAUAUCACCUCCUUUUCGUUUUUCUUCUCACUUUCUCUUUCGAUUGUAUCCCUCUCUUUCUUGUUUUUCUCCUUUUAGUUUUCUUUUACUUUUAUUCUCUAGGUAUUAUACCCUCUCUCUUAUUCUCUCUUUUGUCUUUGUCCUGUAAAAUCUUUCUAUAUUUCUCUUUGAUUUUUCCAUCUCUCUCUUUUGCUUCUAUUCUCUCUCUCUUUCUUUCUCUCUCCAUCUAUCUAUCUAUCUAUCUAUCUAUCUAUCUCUUUCUUGUUUUCUUUUCUUAUUUACAUUUAUUGUACCUUUCUGUUACAGUCUCUCUCUUGUUCUAUGUCUCUAUCUUGCUCUCUUCUUUUUUUGUCUCUUUCUAUUACUUUUUCGCUUUCUUCAAUUCUCUUCUGCUUGGCACACCUGAAUCGGUGAAAUGCACUUUAUUCGCCUUUUUCUCUCUCUCUCUUUCCCUCUCUCUCUCUCUUUCUUUCUCAUUUUCCCUCCUUUUUCGAUGUAAAUUUUUUUCACUUGUCCACCACUUUUCUCAUUAUAUCUCCUUCGCUGCUCCCAUCUCCAACAUUCUAUUCCAUUUUUUCUUUUCUCCCUCUCUCUUAUGA